CCGCCAAUAAAUCCAAGAAGAAGAAUAAGAAUUAGUUCCGGGCUUGUUUCACUCGGACUUUUUUGGGGGACGGACGAUGUGUUGAAAAAGGCAUCUGGAGCCAGUUUGAAGCAGGAAAAUGGGAGAACAACCUGUGAGAGUCUUGGUGUGCGGGGAUGUUGAAGGCAGACUCGGCUCUCUGUUCAGCAGAGUUCAGGCCAUCCAGAAGAAAACGGGACAGUUUGAUCUGCUGCUCUGUGUUGGAGAGUUCUUUGGAUCCACAGCUGAAGCUGAGGCAGAGUGGCAGCAGUACAAAGCUGGAGCUAAGAAAGCUCCGAUCCACACUUACAUACUGGGUGCAGCGAGUCAGGAGACGGCGAAGAACUUCCCUAACUCUGAUGGAUCUGAACUGGCUGAAAACAUCACAUAUUUAGGUCGGCGCGGCGUGUUCACCGGAGCGUCCGGACUGCAGCUGGCCUACGUCAGCGGCAGGGAGGCCCUCCAGGAACCGGCCCCGGCCCACUGCUUCACCUCCAAGGACCUGUCGGCGCUCGUCACGUCGCUGAGCAGCAGCUCCAAGUUCAGGGGCGUGGACAUCCUGCUGACGUCACAGUGGCCGCGUGGCGUGUGGCACUAUGGAAACAACCCGGAGCUGAACACAAAGUCUUGUGGAAGCGGCUCCAUCGCCAGCCUCGCUGAGAAGCUGAAACCGCGUUAUCACUUUGCUGCACUAGAGGGCGUUCACUAUGAGAGGCUCCCAUACAGAAAUCAUGUGGUUCUCCAGGAAAACGCUCAACAUGUCAGCCGCUUCAUCGCCCUGGCAGCCGUCAACAACCCCGCCAAGAAGAAGUAUCUGUACGCCUUCAACAUCGUCCCCAUGAAGAACAUGGAUCCCACGGAGCUGGUGAAGCAGCCUCAGGAUGCAACAGAGAAUCCCUACAGACGCUCCAUUAAGGACAAGGCGGAGACAAAGAAAGCUGCGUUCAGCACCGCCGAUGAGGAGGAGCCGGCCAGUCAGUUCUUCUUUGACCUGAGCUCAAAGGAGGGCGGGGCUUCUCGCGGCAGGAAGAGGCCCUGGGAUGGAGACGGACGAGGGCGAGGAGGAGACGGGCGUCACCACGGCCAGCCCAACCAACCGCGCCGGCACCCGCAGCCCACUGGUCCCUGCUGGUUCUGUCUGGCCAGUCCUCAAGUGGAGAAACAUCUGGUCGUCAGUAUAGGAACACAUUGUUACCUGGCUCUGGCUAAAGGCCCUCUGACCCCCCGCCAUGUGCUCAUCCUGCCCAUCGGCCAUUACCAGUCUGUGGUGGAGCUGAGCUCCGAGGUGGUGGAGGAGAUGGAGAAGUACAAGACGGCCCUGAAGAACUUCUACAAGAGCAAAGGAGAACGCUGCGUGGUGUUUGAGAGGAACUACAAGAGUCAACAUCUGCAGCUGCAGGUGGUUCCUGUUCCACUCAACCGCUGCACCACUGAGGACAUCAAGGAGGCCUUUAUGGUCCAGGCUCAGGAGCAAAACAUGGAGCUGAUGGAGAUUCCUCAACACACCGACCUCAAACAGAUUGCUCCUCCAGGAACUCCUUACUUCUACGUAGAGCUGGACUCUGGGGAGAAACUCUACUACCGGAUCCAGAAAAACUUUCCUCUGCAGUUUGGAAGGGAGGUUCUGGCCAGCGAGGUAUUGCUGAACAUCCCAACUCGAGCCGACUGGAAGGAGUGUAAACAGAGCCGAGAAGAGGAGGAGGACGGCUGCAAACGCCUGAGAGACGAUUUCCAGCCGUACGACUUUGCCUGGGAAGACUGAUGGAACACACGCCUGUUUAGCAGUAGAUGUGGGGACAUUCGGUGCAGAUGCUUCAGUGUCGGAUCAACGCUGGGUCGUCUUUUUUAGAUUUAAGGUGGAAUUUGUAAUAAAAAUAUAAAAAUGUCUUUUGUACGUUUGUG